CAUCGAUUCAUCGUCAGACCGACAAGAACCGGAGACGGAGGACAUAUACACACCGGAUCACCGAGACCCGCGGACACUUAUUUGUGGCAUAUGGUCAUAUUUAUCGGUCAUCUGAGAUACGAAAGGUGUAUAUAUCAUGAGUGAAAUAUGAAAUCGAGAGACAUGAGCUCGCGCGCACCGGCCUGAUCGCGCGCCGGGCCGAUUCAAAAUUCACCUCAGAGAUUAAUCAGCGGUUAUUAUUAAAAUUAUAUUAGUCAGCAGUAUUACUAAAAGUCGUUAGGCGCUAGAUUGUGGUCAAGAGAGCGACAGGAGGUGUGUGUUACAGUAAAAACAGCGAUGGAUCCGGACACAGCCACAGACUUCACCGUGGAAAACGUGGAAAAGGCCCUGCAUCAACUCUAUUAUGAUCCCAACAUUGAGAAUAAGAACCUGGCUCAGAAAUGGCUGAUGCAGGCUCAAGUGUCUCCUCAGGCCUGGCAGUUCUGUUGGGUUUUACUAAGACCAGAGAAGGUUCCAGAGAUCCAAUACUUCGGCGCCAGCGCCCUUCACACCAAGAUCUCCCGCUACUGGAGCGACAUCCCCGCCGAGCAGUACGAAACGCUCAAAACGCAGCUGUUUUCUCAGAUCGCUCGCUUUGCCUCCGGCUCUAAGAUCGUCCUGACCCGCCUGUGUGUGGCGCUGGCGUCCCUCGCCCUCAACAUGAUGCCCGAGGCCUGGCCGGGUGCCGUCUCGGAGAUGGUGCGUAUGUUUCAGGAGGAAGGAGGUCAGGUGGACGGUCGUGCCCGCUGUUUGGCCCUGUUGGAGCUCCUUACAGUUCUCCCCGAGGAGUUCCAGACCAGCCGGCUGCCGCAGUACCGUAAGGGACAGGUGCGGGGCGCUCUGGGCCGCGAGUGGACGGCCGUUUACCCGCUUCUGCAGCAGCUGUUACGGCAGCCGGACUCUCCGCCGCUGGUGAAGGCCCGUGUGCUCAAGUGUCUGUCGAGCUGGGUUCUCCUGGACGUUCCUCUGAACGAGAGCGAAGGAUUGGUCGAGGCCAGUUUCACAGCGCUGGCGGAUCCGGAGCUGUUCGAUACGGCUGUGGAGGCUAUCGUCAACACCAUCUCACAGCCCGACUCACAGAGGUAUGUGAACACUCUCCUGAAGUUGGUGCCGCAGGUGUUGCAGCUACAGGAUCAGUUACGAGAUGCCGUACAGAAUGGAGACAUGGAAACAUCACAUGGCAUCUGUCGAAUCGCUGUCUCUCUGGGAGAGAAUCAUUCAAGAGCUCUGUUGGAGCAGGUGGAGCACUGGCAGAGUUUUCUGGCUCUGGUGAAUAUGAUCAUGUUCUGCACAGGCAUCCCUGGUCACUACCCCGUCAACGAGACCACCAGCUCUCUCACGCUCACCUUCUGGUACACACUACAGGAUGACAUCAUGUCGUUUGAGGCAGAGAAGCAGGCCGUCUAUCUGCAGGUCUACAGGCCUGUGUACUUCCAGCUCGUAGACGUUCUUCUGCACAAAGCGCAGUUCCCCACGGAUGAGGAGUAUGCAUCCUGGUCAUCAGACGAGAAGGAGCAGUUCAGGAUCUACAGGGUGGAUAUAUCUGACACACUGAUGUACGUCUACGAGAUGCUGGGAGCUGAAUUACUCAGUAACCUGUAUGACAAACUGGGACGACUCCUCACCAAUACAGAGCCAACAACAACAUGGCAGCAUACAGAAGCGCUGUUGUACGGAUUCCAGUCCAUCGCCGAAACGAUAGAUGUGAACUAUUCUGAUGUCAUCCCAGGACUCAUCGGUCUCAUUCCUAGAAUCAACAUAAACAACGUCCAGCUGGCCGACACGGUCAUGUUCACCAUCGGAGCGUUGGCAGAGUGGUUGGCGGAUCAUCCGGUGAUGUUGAGCAGCGUUCUGCCGCUGGUUUUGCAGGCGUUGGGCAAUCCAGACCUGUCUGUUUCCAGCGUCUCCACACUAAAGAAGAUCUGCAGAGAGUGCAAAUACGACCUGCCCCCAUAUGCCAACAAUAUAGUCGCUGUUUCACAGGAAGUACUUAUUAAACAGAUCCAUAAGACGAGUCAGUGCAUGUGGUUGAUGCAGGCUCUGGGCUUUCUGUUGUCCGCUCUGCCGGUGGAGGAGAUCUUGAGGAACCUUCACUCUCUGAUCACCCCGUACAUCCAACAACUGGAGAAACUAGCAGGGGAGACGCCAAACCCCUCUAAUAAACUGGCUAUAAUUCACAUCCUCGGUCUGCUGUCCAAUCUCUUCACCACGCUGGAUAUCACCAAACAGGAGGAGGAGUCAGGAGACAAUGCCCCGCCCAUCAAAUCAGCCCCGCCCCAGACAGGCCCCAACCCUGUGGUGGUGGUGCUCCAGCAGGUCUUUGCACUUAUUCAGACGGUCCUCAGUAAAUGGCUGAAUGACUCGCAGGUUGUGGAGGCAGUGUGUGCCAUCUUUGAGAAGUCUGUGAAAACUCUCCUGCAUGAUUUUGCCCCCAUGGUGUCUCAGCUGAGUGAGAUGCUGGGGCAGAUGUACAGCACCAUACCACAGGCGUCUGCGCUGGAUUUAACACGCCAGAUGGUCCACAUAUUUGCCAGUGAAACGAAUCAUUUCCCCCCAAUCAAAGCGCUGUUUGAAUUGGUCACUUCUGUUACUCUGACCAUCUUCCAGCAAGGGCCCAGGGAUCAUCCUGAUAUUGUUGAUUCAUUUAUGCAACUCCAAGCUCAGGCCCUCAAACGGAAGCCUGAUUUAUUCUUAUCAGAGAGUCUUGAUGUGAAAGCCGUGUUUCACUGUGGAGUGCUGUCACUGAAAUUCCCAGAAGCCCCGACAGUCAAAUCGACCUGCUUUUUCUUUACGGAGCUAAUAGCGCACUGCGCAGACGUUCCUCGUGUUGGUCAGGUCGUGCAGGAAGAUGGUAAACUCCUCCUGCUGGCUGUUCUGGAGGCCAUUGGCGGUCAGUCGUCCCGCAGUCUGAUGGAUCAGUUUGCAGAGGUGCUCUUCUGUCUGAACAAGCAUUGCUUCGCUCUGCUGACGGUGUGGCUCAAAGAAGCUCUGCGCUCACCGGGCUUCCCAUCCUCACGCGUCUCUGACGAGCAGAAAGACACGUUCAGCCAACAGGUGCUCAGGGAGCGAGUGAACAAGCGCCGAGUGAAAGACAUUGUGAAGGAGUUCACCUUGGUGUGCCGUGGCCUUCAUGGAACCGAAUACGCCGCGGACUACUGAGCAGCCGCUCAUACGGACACAGAGUGAGAAGAAGCCCAAGAAGUUCAUCUCCUGAUGUGAAUGACCAGUGUCAGAACUGACCGUCUGAGAGUCGGGAUCUUCCUCCACCUCGUCCUUCUCGCUCUUUCUCUUUCAGCCACUGUCUCAUUGGAUUUUGGGGUCUCCGUAGGGCGAUCCGAUCCCCCCCCCGCAUCUCACGGCAUGUUCGCUGGAAACCGUUCUUUGAUUCUCCCACGUUCGAUCUUCCGUGGCUCUUGGGCUGUUUUCCUUGUGAUAAUUUGCAUCCGUUUGAACAAAGAAAUAGUGUUAGUUUAAUGUUUUUUAAUUUUAUUUUGGAGAUACUGAAAUAAAAAGCAUAUAUAUACACAUAUAUAUAUUUAAAUAUAUAUAAAUGCACAUAAUAAUCUAGUAAACUGUGGGGUGACGAGUCCGUGUGCUGCUAACAGAGAGAGGGACCAAUACAGACUGAUUUUUCUCUGUGGCUUUAUAUCUAUCCACUGUAUCUCUCUGUCUGUUUAACCCCUUACGCUCGGUUCUGCCAAAAUGUUGUUGACGUUUUUUUUAUGAAAUGAUUAUUAUGAAGAUCAGCAGCAUAUUUGGUGACUUGUAGAGACCGGGUGUUACACAACGAAUAAGAGAGAGAUUGAUGCACUAAGAUGAAUUAAUUGUCAUCAUUUACCCACCAUCAUGACGUUCAUAACCUGCACAUUUUUCUUUAGAAAUUCUUCUUUGUGUUUCACUGAAGGAAUAGAGUUGUACAGGUGUAGAUUGACAUGAGAUGGUGCAUCAAUUCAUUUUUGGUUAAACUGUCCUUUUAAUGUCAGAAGGUGCAUGCACACACAUCAUGGUACCAUUAAAAAUUUGAAGUGCUUUUAAAACGAGUUAUUAAAGGAAGAGUUCACCCAAAAUUUCUGAAAUUCUGCUCACUCUCAGACCUUCCAAAAUGUAGAUGAGUUGGAGUCUUCAUAGGAAAAGAUUUGGAGAAAUGUAGCAUUCCUUAACUUGGUCACCAAUGGAUCCUCUGCAGUGAAUGGGUGCCGUCAGAAUGAGAGUCUGAUAAAAACAUCACAAUAAUCCACGCCACUCCAGUCCAUUAAUUCUAGUCUCGUGAAGUGAAAAGGAUUAUUGUGAUGCUUUUAUCAGCUGUUUAGACUCUCAUUCUGACGGCACCCAUUCAGCAUCCAUUGGUGAACACGUGAUGGAAUGCUACAUUUCUCCAAAUCUGUUCUUAUGAAAAAAACAAACUCUCGUACAUCUUUGAUGGCUUGAAUAAAUGUAUCAGAUUGUAAUUUUAAGGCAAAUAAUCCCUUUAAACAAAUACUGCAUGUCUCUCUCUCUCUUUUUCGUUUCCCGCCCAGUUGCUUGCCGACAUGUAGCAUGUGUGUUACAUUACAUACUGGCCCAGAAUGUGUCAUAAUCGGUGGACGAGGGCUGUUCUAUCGUGUUUGUUUACUAGCGAAUCACAGAGUGAGAACAAAGGGAGAGACAGAGGAGGCAGAUGUACAUUAGGUUUUUUGUUUUCUUUUUGUAUCUGGUUUUAAUUUAUUAAAUACAUCUGAGAUGGCA